AGAUGGUAAAGACAACUUUGAAUAUGAUUAAAAGUACUCUUUUCCAUCUCUUUCUAUUGUCCUUCAUUGGAAGUGUUUUAUCAAAUAACUCUACUGAAUCAGAUAAUCUUAUCAAUAUCAAAACUUCAAAAGAUACUUCAAUUUCUGGAUUCUCAUCAGGAGGAGCAAUGACAGGACAAAUGCUUGUGGCAUAUUCGAGUGAAAUCAAAGGUGCUGGAAUUUUCUCAUCCCCUCCAUAUUUUUGAACUAAAGGGGCAGCUAUUUCACUUCUAGAUUGAACUACUACAGGAGUUUCACUUUACUCUGACCAAAUAGUUCUUGCUGCUAAAGGAUUUGAACAGCUUGGGCAAAUAGACAAAUUAUCAAACUUUAAGAACAAAAAGAUAUACAUGUAUUCUGGGAAAAGAGACUCUGUGGUUUGGAAUGGUGUCGUCAAGAAAAAUCAAGAGUUCUUUCAUAAAUUAGGGGCUGAUAUUACCACUGAAUACACCCUUUCAGCUGAGCAUGCUUUCCCAACUGAUUUCUAUGGGAAUACUUGAGGUAUCUUGGGCAAACCUUUUAUUAAUAACUGUAAUUAUGAUGGACCCAAGGAAGCUCUUGAAUAUGUAUUUGGCAAGAAAUUACUACCAAAUGAGCUCUAUAAAGAUGAAAAUAUCAAGAGCUUUAGCCAAAGAAAAUAUCAAAUCGGUUAUAAGCAUUCAUUAGCUGACACAGGGUAUAUUUAUAUCCCUGAUGCUUGCUAUGAGAAACAAUGUGAACUACACAUCGUCUUCCACGGAUGCUUACAAACUAUUGAUGAUAUUGGUCUAGAUUAUAUCUAUGGUACGGGAUAUCUUGGACUAGCUGAAGCUAACGAUCUAGUCAUUUUAUUCCCUCAAAUUAAGAAAUCUUCCCUGAUUGGAAAUCCCCAAGGAUGCUGGGAUUGGUGGGGGUAUAGUGAGACUAUCCCUAAGCCACUCCAAUGGACAUUUCCUACUAAAUACGGUGUCCAAAUCCAAGCAAUUCACAACAUGAUGUUGGACCUUCAAGAUGGGACUUUUGGGGUUGAUUCUUUUCCUAUUUCCCCAGAUUUCCUAAAAUCCUCAUAUUAAUUAUAUCAAAAAUCAGACAGUUUCAUAUG